CGCAAGGGAGGGAAGUGGGUGAAUAAUGUCAUCUCAGAGAACUUCAGCCCUACCAGAAAGGGACAUCUGUCCAUGGUUUUAGACGUGGGUUAUGCCUUCUAACAGGUUUCAUUGCAGUUCCUAGGAGAGACGCGGUGAAGGGGUGAGUAGCUGUUGAUCAUUACAGCGGUGCUGGUGCAGAGAAGGUCGGUACUGGAGGUACGGCCCUGGUGGACAGAUACUCCUCUCCUCGAGGAGAUGGUUGCUCUCCUCUGGUGUGGAGCCCAGUCUGGGUGGGGCGGAUGAUCAGGCCGGUGAUGUUUACGUUGUAGUAAGGUUUUGUGAAAAUAAGCAGUUAAUUACACAUGCCCAACAAAGGAAUAGAAACAGCUAAGGUAAGGGACUGUCCUUGCUUUAAAAUCAAUUUAACAGAGGCAUGAAAGGUUUAAGUUUUUUUUAAACCUGCCUUUUUUUUUUUUUUACCUUUAGAAAUAUCAGGAACAUUAAGUCUUUCUUCCCUGUUCUUGUUGGAUGUCUCAGAUGUGUCAUAAGCUUCUCAGCCCUUAAUUGAAGGGGUGGGGUGAUAUAUUUUUAACAGAUCCCUUCCAACUGUGUUUAUAGGGCUUUUGAGUUAGAUAGAGAUUAGCAAAAACAAAGCCUUGACAGUGUAAAAAUUGUUUCUUCUCAAUCAAGUUGUAUUUGCUUGUGCAUUCUGCGGUUGUUGACAGAAACUCAGGUUUUGUGCAUCUGAAAAGUAACUUUUCUAGCUGUUAAAUUGUACAUCGAGAUAAACCAAGCUAAAUCCUAACUUCAUCCAUCUUCUGUUCCAUUUAGAUCAACUUGAGAAAAUGUUUUGAGCAUUACUUAAACAAAUGAACUCUUGCAUUUGUGUAUUUCCUAAAAAUAGUUCCUUUUUAAGCAACAGUUUCAUUAAAUGUAUGGCUCUUCCUUUAACUUAAUGGUUCAGCAAUCUUACAGAAGCCGAAACUGUCUCCACUCUGGUCUCCAAGCUGAAGACCACCCCUGCUCCGCCGUUCCGCCCUGUCAGGAUAUAUUUGUGUCACAGCACUCUAACCUUCAGGCUUGAACAAGGCAGAAGGCUGGACAGCGUAUGCCAUUGAAUAUAUGCACAAAAUCAGGCUGAUGAAAAUACUGCAUGGGGAAGACAGCUGCUUUAGCUGCUGAUACCGAAGGCUUUAAAUUUUUGGAGGUGUGUAGAAGAAGGGAAAAUGGCUCAAGAAACCAACCGUAGCCAAGUGCCUAUGCUUUGUUCCACUGGUUGCGGAUUUUAUGGGAACCCUCGUACAAAUGGCAUGUGUUCAGUGUGCUACAAAGAACAUCUUCAAAGGCAGAACAGUAAUGGUAGAAUUAGUCCUCCUGCAACUUCUGUCAGUAGUAUAACUGAGUCCUUACCAGUUCAAUGCACAGAAGGCAGUGCCCAGGAAACUCAGUCAACUUUAGAUUCUACAUCAACUCCAUCUAUGCAGCCAAGCCCUGUGUCAAGUCAGUCACUUUUAACAGAAUCUGUAGCAUCAUCCCAACCGGAUAGUACGGCCGUGGACAAAACAGUACCUGAGACAGAAGAUUUGCAAGCUUCAGUGUCAGAGAACGCAGAGCCUACACCUGAAGAACAAGACAAGUCACUUGACAAACCAAAACAGAAAAAGAAUCGCUGUUUCAUGUGCAGGAAGAAGGUUGGACUUACUGGGUUCGAGUGUCGGUGUGGAAACGUUUACUGUGGUAUGCACCGCUAUUCAGAUGUACACAGUUGCUCUUACAAUUAUAAAGCUGAUGCUGCUGAGAAAAUCAGAAAAGAGAAUCCUGUAGUUGUUGGGGAAAAGAUCCAGAAGAUCUGAACUGCUGCUUCUGCUGGAAUACAAAAUCCUUUGACCAUCUGCAGAUUAAAUUGACUUGAGCUUUUUUCCUUAGUCAUCAGGAAUGUAGAGCAGUGUAUCUUGCCUAGACCUUUUAAUCAUGCAUGUCAUCAGAUGAAUAGAUUUUGUUUUUGUUUUUGUUUUUUGAAAAUGACUGAACAUUUAUUUUCAUUGCAGUUUUCUGUGGCUGAAGACUUAAGUAAAACUUUACAAGUAUUAUCCUUUAAGAUCAUUUUAAUUUUAGUUGAGUGCAGAGGGCUUUUAUAACAAACAUGGAGAAAAUAUUGGAGGGCUGUGCUUUUCCAGGUUAAAACAUGCAUGCGUUAACUUUGCAGUUUAUUUUCUUGUUGUAUAUAGCUUUUCUCUGCAGCACAAUUUCCUUUUUUUGAUAAUGCCUUGUAUGGCACAACUAGUUAUCAGUAACUGAAUGUAUUUUAAUCAUUAUGGCUGCUUCUGUUUUUUUCCCCAUUAACGAGAGGUUAUACAUGUUCGCAUAUUAGCUUGUUUGCACCCUCUACCUAUUUAUGUAUGAAUCAUUUGUAAUGAGAGUGUGUGCUGAGAUUGUCUGUGUGUUUUUUUUAAAUUGGUUUUUGUUUCUGUGUGUAUGGGGGGAAGGCUGUAUGCACAUCACUGACUGCAGGUUUCAUUGGGAGUACAUCCAUCAGUCUGUCUGUACACAAAUAUGAAGAAUGAUCUGAAGUACCUGUGCUGUAUUUAUGUUUAUCCACGUCUUAACUUUGAUUAAAUAAAAUUAAAAAAAUUGA